AUGGGUGAUGCACAAAGAAUCGUUGGCUUGUCAGAAGCACCUCAGGAAAGUUACUGCAGCAUAUUUUGUUGUUGGGAAUGCUUCAUUAAAAAAGACAGUUGCAUUGCUGAAGAGGGAGCAUCAUCAUCAUUAACACCGCAAGAAUUAGCUGACGCGCGAGUUGAACAUUACUUGAAAAACUUUCCGGUGGGAUUGAAAUUUCGACCAAGUGAUGAGGAGUUAGUACUAUUUUAUCUUCUUAAGAGAUCAAGGAAUGAACCGUUACCUAUUAGUCCAAUAAAAGAAGUAAACAUCUAUGGGUUUACUCCUGAAGAUCUUCUAGAUAGGUACAAGAAUUAUGGAAUAGAAGGGAUAGAAGGAAAAGAAUUGUACGUUUUCACACCCAGAGAAAGAAAAUAUCCCAAUGGAUCUCGACCUGGACGCUAUAUUACUGGUCGUUAUAUAGGAUUUUGGAAAAUUGUUGGAAAACCUGAUCCAAUUCCUAAUGAGCGUAAUCAAAUUGGGACCAAGCGUUCGCUGAAAUUUUUUAUAGGCACGAAAGACAAUAAUUCAAUGACACCGUUUUCCAUGACUGAAUACAUCUUAAAAAGCAAGAUAAAUAGUGAAUCAGGUCAUCAAAAUGGCAGUAAGAAGCAGGAGCCGGUGAAUUUGGCGUUGUGUAAGAUUUGGAAAAGACUACCUUCUAAGAAAGACUUAUCACCGGUUGCAGAAUUGUCGAUGGAGACUACUGAUACUAAUUUGCUCGAGAACGCAGAAUAUAAUUCAUCAGAGCUGGUCAUGGAGGCGCAUCAAGGUUCCUCCUUGAGCAAUAUGGUUAUGCCUACUGAUAAUGAAAAUUCUUCACAUACUAAUGGAUUCUUGCAAGACUACCACAUUGAAGAUGCGACCAACUCGUAUGGAGGUUUUCUGGAUAAUGAAGGCAUAAACAACAUAUCGUUUGAACAACAAGAUGAUCUAGGGUACCUUGAUGCCUUGCUCGACGACACUAACACAGAUUUCAAUCCAUUUGAGCCAGCCAUGGGUGCGUAUCAAGAUUUUAACUUGAUGGAUAUGAUUAUGGCUAAUGAUGGAAAUUUCUCAAAUAUUAACAGACCCUCUCAAGACCAUAUGGCGAUGCAGGAGACAUUUGUGAAUCCUUUUAUGACUUUGGGUGAAAACUAUUUGCUGGGAGAAAAACAGAACGGAGAGUUACAGGUGGCAUUGAACCAAGAGAACCAAUUUGAGUCAUCAGUCAUUCUAAACUCAUCAAACGAUUUGUAUAUCAGUGGUUCUUCUUCAGCAAAUCAAUAA